CCUCUAGCCCUCCCUGCGUUUAGAUUCAGUUGCACCUUUUAUUAUUUUAACUCUUCUCCAUAGGACACGCAGCCCCCAAUCUGUCCCUCCGGCCUGGGCGGCCCCUGGUCCCGCACGCCAGGAUGGGAGAGCGAGGGACCUGCCCGCAGCCCGCCGGCGUGUGCAAGGAGGUCCAGCCGCCGCGCCCGCUGCCCGGAGUCUGAGGACGGGUGUCCAGGGACGGAGAGGCAGGUGACAGGCAGGUGGCUAAGCUGGCUAUGGUGACAGGACGAUGUUGGCCAGAAAGAGUAUCAUCCCGGAGGAGUAUGUGCUGGCGCGCAUCGCCGCGGAGAACCUGCGCAAGCCGCGCAUCCGAGACCGCCUCCCCAAAGCCCGCUUCAUCGCCAAGAGCGGGGCCUGCAACCUGGCGCACAAGAACAUCCGUGAGCAAGGACGCUUUCUGCAGGACAUCUUCACCACCUUGGUGGACCUGAAAUGGCGCCACACGCUGGUCAUCUUUACCAUGUCCUUCCUCUGCAGCUGGCUGCUCUUCGCUAUCAUGUGGUGGCUGGUGGCCUUUGCCCAUGGGGACAUCUAUGCUUACAUGGAGAAAAGUGGAAUGGAGAAAAGUGGUUUGGAGUCCACUGUGUGUGUAACUAAUGUCAGGUCUUUCACUUCUGCUUUUCUCUUCUCCAUUGAAGUUCAAGUUACCAUUGGGUUUGGAGGGAGGAUGAUGACAGAGGAGUGCCCUUUGGCCAUCACGGUUUUGAUUCUCCAGAAUAUUGUGGGUUUGAUCAUCAAUGCGGUCAUGUUAGGCUGCAUUUUCAUGAAAACAGCUCAGGCUCACAGAAGGGCAGAAACUUUGAUUUUCAGCCGCCACGCUGUGAUUGCCGUCCGAAAUGGCAAGCUGUGCUUCAUGUUCCGAGUGGGUGACCUGAGGAAAAGCAUGAUCAUUAGUGCCUCCGUGCGCAUCCAGGUGGUGAAGAAAACAACUACACCUGAAGGGGAGGUGGUCCCUAUUCACCAACUAGACAUUCCUGUUGAUAACCCAAUUGAGAGCAAUAACAUUUUUCUGGUGGCCCCUUUGAUCAUCUGCCACGUGAUUGACAAGCGCAGCCCCCUAUACGACAUCUCAGCAACUGACCUGGCCAACCAAGACUUGGAGGUCAUAGUUAUUCUGGAAGGAGUGGUUGAAACUACUGGCAUCACCACACAAGCACGAACCUCCUACAUCGCUGAGGAGAUCCAAUGGGGCCACCGCUUUGUGUCCAUUGUGACUGAGGAAGAAGGAGUGUACUCUGUAGAUUACUCCAAAUUUGGCAACACUGUUAAAGUAGCUGCUCCACGGUGCAGUGCCCGAGAGCUGGAUGAGAAACCUUCCAUCCUUAUUCAGACCCUCCAAAAGAGUGAACUGUCUCAUCAGAAUUCUCUGAGGAAGCGCAACUCCAUGAGAAGAAACAAUUCCAUGAGGAGGAACAAUUCUAUCCGAAGGAACAACUCUUCCCUCAUGGUACCAAAGGUGCAAUUUAUGACUCCAGAAGGGAAUCAAAACACAUCGGAAUCAUGACAGCAAGAUAACCCCAAGACAGUCUUUUAUCAAGUUUCGAUGGUUUAUGCCAGGCACUGUCAGACUGAACCAGAGCUGGAACACAAUAAUGUGUCUUUCCACAUUUUAUUACACUAAAUGAUAUUCAUAUUCAAGCAACAGCACUUUCUGUAGUAAUAAAAAGUAACACAC